GUCAAAAUUGAGUGUCGCACCAUGGCCAAGAUCCUUCAGAUGGCGCUGAUGCUGGGCAGCUCCAAGCUGGGCCACGGCGCCUUCGGCUUCGAUGAUUCGUCGCCGGUGCCGCAAAUGAAGCGGGAGCUGCCCACGCGGAAGAUGUGCCUGGAGGCCUUCAAGCGCACCCAGUACGACAUUCUCAUCGUUGGCGGCGGUGCCGUGGGCUCUGGCUGUGCCCUGGAUGCCGCCACGCGGGGCUUGAAGACGGCUCUCGUGGAGGCCAACGACUUUGGCAGCGGCACUUCUUCCAAGUCAAGCAAGCUGCUGCACGGCGGCCUCAGGGAUCUGGAGCAGGCCAUCUCAAGGCUCGAUGUGGCCGCAUUUCGAAGGGUUCGCUGCUCCCUGCAGGAGCGCAGUCUCAUUGGCAACCUGGCGCCGCAUCUCAGCCAGUCGGUGCCCAUCCUCCUGCCCGUUCACCACUGGUGGGAGGCGCCGCUCUACUACCUGAAGUUGAAGAUCUACCAUUUGAUGGCUCCCAAGGGCACCAAGAGCUUCCAGUAUUUGAGUGUCGACGAGGCCUUGGAGGUUUUUCCCAUGCUGCGGCAGCGAGAGCUCUUCGGCGCCUUCGUCUUUUACGAAGGACAGCACGAUGAUGCCAGGAUGUGCCUCUCGGUGGCUUUGACAGCUGCUCGUUAUGGAGCAGAUAUCUGUAAUCACAUGAAGGUCCUGCGGCUGAUUAAGAACAAGGAGGGCAACGUGGCGGGCGCAGAGGCGGUGGAUCAGUUGACGGGGAAAAAGUACAGCAUUCGGGCAAAGGUGGUGGUCAAUGCCACGGGCCACAUGAGCGACAGCCUCCGGCGGAUGGAAGAUACGGAGGCCAAGCCUCUGUGCACGCGCAGCUGGUCCUCGAUCAUCGUUCUGCCGCGCUUCUACUGUCCCGAGGAUGUGGGCGUCUUUGAUCCGCACACGCCGAAUGGGAGGUCUAUAUUCUUCCUCCCCUGGCAAAAUCACACUCUAGUCGGUUCCAGCGAUGAGCCUAGCAUGUCCAAUCCCGGCCAGGAAUCGCAUCCCACGGAGACGGAUGUCCAGAGUCUGCUAGACGGCAUCAAACACUUUGUGUCGCCCAAUUUCGAUGUGCGUCGGUGCGAUGUGCUGGCCGUUUGGGGUGGCUACAAGCCACUUCCCGUGCAAACCGACUCCCUGCAUCACACGCUGCUCAAGAACCAUGUAAUCCAACUAGGACCGAGGAACAUGAUCUCCAUUGUGGGCGGCACUUGGUCUUCCUUUCGAGCGCUGUCCGAGAAAACCGUGAAUGCGGCCAUCCGCUAUGGAGAUCUCUCGCCGCUGCGAAGGAAUUCAGUAACCGCAGAGUCGUGUAAAUUGGACGGCGCGAGUGGCUGGAGCCCCAAGAUGUUCAUACGGCUGGUGCAGGACUUUGGCAUGGAGCGCGAUGUGGCCGAACACCUGUCUAGAACGUACGGAUCGAAUGCUUUUAAGGUGGCCGUGAAUGCGGACAGCAGUGGGAAGAACUGGCCCAUUCUCGGCAAGCGGCUGCACUCGGUUCCCUACAUCGAAGCGGAGGUGAAGCAGGGCGUGCGGGACUUUGCCUGCACCCUGGAGGACAUGGUGGCCCGUCGGCUGAGAGUAGCCUUCCUAAAUGUCCAGGUGGCCGAGGAGAUUCUACCGCAGGUGGCCAGCAUUAUGGCCAAGGAGCUGCGAUGGUCGCGGGAGCAAACAAAGAGGCAGAUCCGCGAAACGCGCGCUUUUCUGCACACCCAGAUGGGCCAGUUGACCAACGAGACUGCCUCACAGAUGAACAUACCCAUCAAGAUGUCUGUGCGACAGGUGCGCCGGUUUGCCGGGCAAUUCAGGCAGCUGGAUGAGAAGAAAACGGGUUACGUGUCGAUUGCAAACUGCUGCAAGGCCAUGAAAACCAUGGGCGUGAAGGAGGUGCCCGUCGACCUGAUGCACAACGUCCUGCGGGACAUCGAUGUGCAUGCCCAGGGCAAGGUGAACCUGUACGAGUUCCUGCUGCUCAUGUCGGCCAUUGUGCAGGGCGACACCGAGUAUCUGCGCUACGCCCGCCUCUACUUGGAUCACAAAAAACAGAUGCAGGCCAACAGCAACAUUCCCUUCGUGGUGCAAAUGGAGCGGGCCGGUGGCGGUCUUUAAAGUGUAUCUUUCGAAAUCAGAAUCCAUUGAGCGUCUCGACAUUACACGUAGAGGCAGGAAUCGCUGCCUCAACUCAAAUUUA